UCGUGUAUAGGGUUAAGAGUAAUGUUAGGAAUAAUGACAAUAACUGGCAACAUCACCCAAGUUUAUCCAUAGACAACAUAACCUUUUCUUUCUGAAGAAUCAAGCUCUGUCAAGCUAAGGCAAAAUGACGAACUCAAAGGGUUAUCGUCGUGGUACGAGGGACUUGUUCGCCCGCAGGUUCCGCACUCAUGGAACUAUCCCACUUUCCACGUACAUGAAAGUGUACAAAGUUGGCGAUAUCGUUGACAUUAGGGGUAAUGGUGCUGUUCAAAAAGGCAUGCCACACAAAGUUUACCAUGGAAAGACCGGACGAGUUUACAACGUUACAGCCCACGCUUUAGGUGUUAUCGUGAACAAGAGGGUGCGUGGAAGAAUCAUCCCCAAGAGGAUCAACAUCCGCGUUGAACACGUCAAGCACUCAAAAUGCAGAGAGGACUUCCUCAAGAGGGUCAAGGAGAAUGAGAGGCUCCUGAAAGAGGCGAAAGCCAAUGGAAAAAUUGUCAACCUGAAGAGGCAGCCACAGCUCCCAAGGGCAGCGCAUAUUGUCAAGGGUAUUGAGAAGCCAAUGUUGCUUGCACCCAUCCCCUAUGAGUUUGUAGCCUAAUGCAGAAUAAACUAUUUUUAAGCUAUACAUUUUUU